CGCCUCGUGGCUGAGACAGCAGGGCUCUAUUUCAUCCACAAGCCGCCUGGUCUCGCGUUCCACUCGACCGACGACGAGACCGGCCUGCUGCCGCGCCUGCGAGAGCUGGGCUCUCUGCACGAGCCUCUCCUGCCGUGCCACCGGCUUGACCGCGUGACCUCUGGGCUCAUGGCGGUGGCCAAGAGCCGCGAGGCUGCUUCGGCGAUGGCCCUCCUCCUCCGCGAGCGGCGCGUGCACAAGUACUAUGUCGCGCUCGCCGCUGGCAAGCCAAAGAAGAAGCAGGGCAGGGUGAUUGGCGACAUGGCGCGCAGCAGGCGAGGGCAGUGGAUGCUGACGCGAGAGCGGAGCAACCCCGCUGUCACCCACUUUGUGAGCGCAGCUCUCGGUGAAGGGGGAGGAUGCCACGCCUUUCUUCUGAAGCCGGCGACGGGGCGGACUCACCAGCUGCGCGUCGCCCUCAAAUCGCUCGGCGCACCUGUGCUCGGCGACCCUCGCUACGCGGCGUCGAGCGCCGGUUGCGAGGCGCGCGCCUACCUGCACGCAGCAGCAAUG